CCAGAGGACGUCUCUUCCCAGAGGACGUAACAAAGGCAUAUUAAAGUAUAUAUAGAGUUGAAGAUUAAAUCUUUGAAAGACAUCUUAUAACUUUAUGGCCGACAAUGGAGAUAAUUUGCAAAUAACAAAGAGCAAGUGGAAUUUGCCUGUUGGUGUGUUCUUCAGAGAUGCAAGGCUUGUUUUCAAAUGGGAUUCACUUGGGAAGGAGAUACUUGGAAUGGCCGUCCCUGCGGCAUUGGCUGUGGCUGCUGAUCCUAUAGCUUCACUAAUUGACACUGCAUUCAUUGGCCAUAUUGGACCCGUGGAGCUUGCAGCCGCCGGGGUGUCCAUCGCGUUGUUCAACCAAGCAUCAAGGAUCACCAUUUUCCCACUCGUCAGCAUCACAACCUCCUUUGUUGCUGAGGAAGACACUUUUGCCAAUAUGAAAAUGAAAGCGGGCCAAGUUGAAAAUUUAGAAGACGAAAUGCUCGACGGCUUGGAGAAAGGCGCGGCCAAGGAAGGAGUAGUUGAGAAGGGGCCUAAUGGAGAUGACAAACUUGAGAAUGCAAAAGACACCACUAAUUCAAAAGAUUCGGCACCAGAGAAUAUUGCGCGCGAGUUUCCUUUGGUGACGAAUAGCAGCAACGUCGAGAAGAAAGCCAAACUGCACAAGGGACAGAGACAUAUUGCUUCAGCAUCCACAGCACUCAUUUUCGGUGUAAUACUCGGCCUUUUGCAGGCUAUUUUCCUAAUGUUUGGAGCCAGAACUCUCCUGGGUGUAAUGGGAGUCAAACAUAACUCUCCCAUGCUAGCCCCAGCAGAGAAGUACUUGGUAACAAGAUCAUUUGGUGCCCCGGCAGUUCUUCUAACUUUGGCCAUGCAAGGGAUUUUUAGAGGGUUUAAGGACACAACAACUCCUUUAUAUGUCAUUGUUUGUGGAUACGCAUUGAACAUCGCCCUCGACCCGCUGCUUAUCUUCGUCUGCGGUUUGGGGAUCAGAGGUGCAGCCAUUGCUCAUGUUCUUUCUCAGUACUUGAUGGCGCUAGUCCUCUUCUUAAUACUAAUGAGAAAAGUUGACCUUUUACCCCCAAGUCUAAAAGAUUUGCAGUUUGGCCGGUUUCUCAAAAACGGCUUUUUCUUGUUGGCAAGGGUGAUAGCCGUGACGUUUUGUGUGACGUUGGCCGCGUCUUUGGCUGCGAGGCUCGGAGCAACUCCCAUGGCGGCAUUCCAGACUUGCUUGCAGGUCUGGAUGACAUCUUCUCUUCUCGCCGACGGUUUGGCCGUCGCCGUUCAGGCCGUUCUAGCUUGCUCAUUCGCUGAGAAAGACUAUAAGAAGGCCACAGCUGCUGCUAGUCGUGUAGUACAGAUGAGUUUUGUUCUAGGUCUGGGGCUCACUCUUGUAGUAGGAGUUGGUUUGUAUUUUGGAGCUGGAAUCUUCUCCAGAGAUGUCCACGUUUUGCACCUCAUUAGAAUUGGCCUUCCGUUUGUUGCAGCUACACAACCCAUCAAUUCAUUGUCGUUUGUCUUUGAUGGAGUGAACUUUGGAGCAUCUGACUUUGCAUAUUCUGCAUACUCAUUGGUCCUUGUGGCCAUAGCAAGCAUUACAUCCUUAAUUAUGCUCGACAAAAGCAAAGGUUUUGUUGGAAUUUGGAUUGCUCUCACCAUCUAUAUGGGCCUUCGCACCUUUGCUGGUGUAUGGAGGAUGGGAACUGGAACGGGACCUUGGCGUUUUCUAAGGGGUCGAAGCUCUUCGGUUCUGUGCGCAAAAAAGCACACCCUUCUAUUGCAGCUGGUGCCAUCCUUGCAAAGCCGUGUCCGAUAUUGAGCAGGGUGAAGCCAGCACUCAAACACCCCAUGAGCAUAUUCGCACAAAUCUCCGCGCCUACAAGCCCCCUUCCGGAAAUCAGGACAG